GCUGGCAGGAGGAGGAGCUGCGGCGGCUGUGGCCACUUGGGCAGGUCGGCGCGGCGCCGCCGUAACCCGCCGACAGCGCGGGCUGUGGGUCCCUGUGUGGAGGUAGGCGCAGGCGGCCCUGGGGCCAUGGAGCCUGGUGACGCGGCGCGCCCUGGCCCGGGGCGGGUAGUUCGGGAGGUGCCGCCGCGGCUGCUGUUGCUUCCGCUGCUGCCACUGCUGCUGGGUCGGGGGCUGCGUGCCGGGGCCUCGGCCUCCUCCUCUGGGGCGGCGGCCGAGGACAGCAGCGCCAUGGAGGAGCUCGCCACUGAGAAAGAGGCGGAGGAGAGCCACCGGCAAGACAGCGUGAGCCUGCUCACCUUCAUCCUGCUGCUCACGCUCACCAUCCUCACCAUCUGGCUCUUUAAGCACCGCCGGGUGCGCUUCCUGCACGAGACCGGGCUGGCAAUGAUCUACGGUCUUAUCGUCGGGGUGAUUUUAAGAUAUGGCACCCCUGCCACCAGUGGCCGUGACAAGUCCCUGAGCUGCACCCAGGAAGACAGGGCCUUCAGCACCUUGCUAGUGAAUAUCAGUGGGAAGUUCUUUGAAUAUACCCUGAAAGGGGAGAUCAGCCCUGGCAAGAUCAACAGUGUGGAGCAGAAUGACAUGCUGCGCAAGGUGACAUUUGAUCCAGAGGUAUUUUUCAACAUUUUGCUGCCUCCGAUUAUUUUCCAUGCUGGCUAUAGUCUAAAGAAGAGACACUUUUUCAGAAACCUUGGGUCCAUUCUGGCCUAUGCUUUCCUGGGGACUGCUGUUUCCUGCUUCAUUAUUGGAAAUCUCAUGUAUGGUGUGGUGAAACUCAUGAAGAUUGUGGGACAGCUCUCAGAUAAGUUUUACUACACGGAUUGCCUUUUUUUUGGAGCAAUUAUCUCUGCCACUGACCCAGUGACUGUGCUGGCGAUAUUUAAUGAGCUGCACGCUGAUGUGGAUCUGUAUGCUCUUCUGUUCGGGGAAAGCGUCCUGAACGAUGCCGUGGCCAUUGUGCUGUCCUCGUCCAUUGUUGCCUACCAGCCAGCGGGGCUGAACACGCACGCCUUUGAUGCUGCUGCCUUUUUUAAGUCUGUUGGCAUUUUCCUGGGUAUAUUCAGUGGCUCUUUUACUAUGGGAGCUGUGACUGGUGUUGUGACUGCCCUAAUAUCCAAGUUUACCAAGCUGCAUUGUUUCCCCUUGCUGGAGACAGCGCUUUUCUUCCUCAUGUCUUGGAGCACGUUUCUCCUGGCAGAAGCCUGCGGAUUUACAGGUGUUGUAGCUGUUCUUUUCUGUGGAAUCACUCAAGCUCAUUACACCUACAACAAUCUUUCAGUGGAAUCAAGAAGUCGAACCAAGCAGCUCUUUGAGGUGUUACACUUCCUGGCAGAGAACUUUAUCUUCUCCUACAUGGGACUGGCACUGUUCACCUUCCAGAAGCACGUUUUCAGCCCCAUUUUCAUCAUUGGCGCCUUUGUUGCCAUCUUCCUGGGCAGAGCUGCACAUAUCUACCCUCUCUCCUUCUUCCUCAACCUGGGCAGAAGGCAGAAGAUCGGCUGGAAUUUUCAACACAUGAUGAUGUUUGCAGGCCUCCGGGGCGCGAUGGCAUUUGCCUUGGCCAUCCGGGACACGGCAUCCUACGCUCGCCAGAUGAUGUUCACGACCACCCUCCUCAUCGUCUUCUUCACCGUGUGGAUCAUUGGUGGAGGCACGACACCCAUGUUGUCAUGGCUUAACAUCAGAGUUGGCGUCGAGGAGCCAUCCGAAGAGGACCAGAACGAUCACCGCUGGCAGUACUUCAGAGUUGGUGUUGACCCAGAUCAAGACCCACCACCCAACAAUGACAGCUUUCAAGUCUUGCAAGGGGAUGGCCCAGACUCUGCUGGAGGGAACCGCACAAAGCAGGAGAGCGCGUGGAUAUUCAGGCUGUGGUACAGCUUUGACCACAAUUACUUGAAGCCCAUCCUCACUCACAGUGGCCCACCUCUAACCACCACUCUUCCUGCCUGGUGUGGCUUGCUAGCUCGGUGCCUGACCAGCCCCCAGGUGUAUGAUAACCAAGAGCCACUGAGAGAGGAAGACUCUGAUUUCAUCCUGACCGAGGGUGACCUCACCUUGACCUAUGGGGACAGCACAGUGACUGCAAAUGGCUCCUCAGGGUCCCAUGCAACCUGUACGAGUCUUGAGGGACGAAGAACCAAGAGCAAUUCAGAAGAAGUGCUGGAGAGAGACCUGGGAAUGGGAGACCAGAAGGCUUCGAGCCGGGGCACUCGCCUCGUGUUUCCAAUGGGGGAUAACGCGUGACAUCUCCCCCUACUCUACCCCCAAACCCAGAAGCAAUAGGGUAGGCCCCCAGUGGGGUGAGGAUGACCGUAAGCCCUUGUGCCAUUUGAGGUGGGGGCAUGGACUGGAUAGAAAUAACGCUUCUGUCUUAUUGGGGUUUGAAGCAAUCUUAAAAUUCAUCCCAAAACACAGAUGGUAAAGCUAAAGUGUCUCUAAAUUCAGACAAAAGCAGCCCUAGUCCCACUUUUUUACCUAAUAGUGCACUGUUUCAGACUUAAACACACAAAAAUUAGCAUGCUUUAGUGUUCUCUCCAUUCAUCCGCCUGCAGCAUCAGAGCAAGGUAGAGCAGGCGUUGGGACUCCUCCCACGGAGGCCUUAUGUCCAGACGCAGCAGUGCUAAGCCAGCCAGCACCAAGAAUAGCAAGUUACAGAAGAACAGGCUAGAAGGAAGGCUGCAAAAGGAAGGAACAUGAGAUUGCAUCCUGUGGGACGAUGGGAAACUGGUGUUACAUGGGACAGAAAAUGUAAAAAGGCAAUUUGAGUGGAAACCCCAGUGAUGAAAGCUGCGUGACUACACCCUCAUCUUCACUUUUUAUGCUACUUGUGUUUCUUCUAGACAAGAGUAGAAUGUAUAUCCAUGAACUUUUCAACAUGAGGGAAAGAAAUACAGUUCUUUCUCUAGAAAUUUCCAUGAAGUUACUGAAAUCAUUCAAACCAAAGGCAAAUAGUGUUAUACUGUUGUUGUUUUAAAUAAUUUCAGGACAAGGAGGCAUUUAGAAACUGAUGAUGAUAUCAUAAGAUUCACUCAACUUUUGAGAGCUACUGUAUGAGCAGGUUGCCUGGGAAACAGUUACUAGGACCAAGAUGUCUACUGGGGGUUUAGAAAUAACUUUAAAAAAUUGUAGGUUGCUUUUAUCUGGGAAGGAGAAGGCAGCAAGCAACCUAAGAGGCAAUUCACUAGUACUUACAGGAAAAGUGAUCUUAGUGCAAAAAAAUUAAACUGAAAAGAAGAUAGGAGAUAGUUGUCCAAAAACUGAGUAGAAUCGCAAAGUCUCAGCUGAUACUUGCAUGAAAUUUCAUGAGCACCUAAGGAAUCAGGGGCAAGUCAAUGGAACUUUCAGCAUUGGUCAACCCAGUGGAAGAUUCUAUUAUCUAGAAGCUAAAGAGCCCAUGAGUGCCAAGCAGAGAGGGAUCAUUUUCUUUGGCAUCUGGGGAGACUAUUAUAUCAGCUUAAAAAGUGGGGGAUUGUUUGAAAUUUAGGUUUUUAGUUUGGAUCUUUGUGGGUGAGCUGUUCUACCUACCCACCUCUGUAGCAGGGGAAAUACUGAGAAAACUCUUGCAAAAUAUCUGAGGUUUUCUCCAUGUCUCUGUGCUUAAAUGCUAGCAUUUUUGGCAGUGCAAUUUCUACAGAAUGUUUUGAUGACAUAUGGGUAUUUUUCUUCUUAGGCCAGAUAAAAUAGUGUCCCCAAUCUAGAACUCUUGUCAUGAAAUCAGCUGUUUAACUUUCUUAACUCACAGUUUAAAUGGUCCCCUUUUAAAUAAGACAUUGCUUCAGAAGUUUUUGGUUGAACCAGUCAUUUGUGUGGAUCAAGAAAGAUAUAUUUGAUGAGGCUGAGCCAUAUGAAAUUAGAUAGUCAACCAUUUUUAAAAGCCAGGAAGGGCAAUUUCAUAUGGCUUAAUAUAAUGCAGCCAAAUAGAUUUUAUUCAUCCUUUCCUAAGUUCAUUUUGAGUUAAUGGCCGUAUGUGGGCUUUGUACACUUGAAAGCAGCUCAACAACAUACCUAACCCAUAUAGCACCAUGGUUACAAGGCAAAUGAAUGAUUGAAGAAGAUCUAAGGCCCAAAGCUGGAGAAAGAGCUUGUUUAGAGAUCCGCAGUAAAGAAAACUAUUGUCUUGGGGUGGUUGUCGGCAGCAGCUAUUAAGCUUGGCUAGAGGCUGGAAAUGGCUCUGGGUGCUCAUGCAAGAACCAGCACUAGAGUCCUUGAGUUAUCUCAGAAAUGACAGUCAUGCUGUACACACAGGUGAGGUUGUUUGCUUGCAGAGAUGGGGGAUAAACUGGUGAACUCUUUAUAAGACCUUAUUUUUUCUGUUGCUUCCUUUAGGAGGGGAGGAGUUAGCAGAAAAUUCCUGGGGAUGGUUCUUGAAAACAGCCAAUGUGAUAGGAUAUAACCUACCUUCAUUCGCCUCAACGCUUUGUGGUCCUUUGGGUUUUCUAGGGAGCGUUAGGUAGAUCAUGAGAAAUCAAGUUCUUGGGGAAGAAAAAUAACCAUGGCGUGUCCCAUCCUAGUCUUAGAUCAAUCUGUAUUUUCUCCCAAAGGGUCUUGUGGUCUUCAUUGCAAGCAUUUGACUCUCACUUAAAUAGAAGCAAAAGAUUUACCAAGACCAAAUCCAGGGUUGUAAUCAUUUAAUUGGUUCAUUUAUUCAGUGGGUAAGUCACUAUGACCUAUGGUCCUAAUUUUUGUUUACAAGAUGCAGAGAAUGACCUUGAACUUACCUGGGAUCCUAGGAAGGUAAAUCCAUUCAUGAAAAUAGUUCCACAUCUAGAAGCAGUAUGCUUAGAUAACUAGGGGACCACAAAGCCCAGACACCCAUCCAACUCAUGGCUUUCUGCUGUUAAUCCAGCAUAAAACCAGAAUGAAACUGUUGGAUAAUGAUGCAUCCAACUAAAAGCAAAGUUCUUCUAAGAGUAAGCCUCUGCCAACUUUUAUACAUACUUGUUAAUCCAAGUUGAGAGGGGUGGCAUUUCAGCAGAGCAGAGAACAUCUGAUUGGCUGUAUAGUAAGAUCACUUGACUAGUCCCCCUCUUCCUGCAAAAAUAAAGUGAGGGCCAUCCCAUCAGAGAUUUGGAUUCAGUGACAUUUUGUGGUGGGAUCUGGCAUCCAUGCUUGCUUCUGCAAUCUCAAGAGUGGAGUUGUUAGCCUAGGGUGUGCACGGGGUACCAAUGAGAACCUUAUUUAAAGGCGUGACCUAGCCAGUUAAGGUUGCUUUUUUCUUAAAUUGCUAGCCCUGUGGAACACACUGGGUUAAUAAUACAGUCAGGUUAAUAAUACAGUCUUCACAGCGGUGAGCAUUUCAUGUUAUCUUUGCAAAACCUAAGAACAUACUCCAUAAAUUGCAACUAAAAGGAUCACAUUUGAAAACCUUAGAUCCUUCAGGGGAGACAAGGGUGAUUUAUGUAUGGGUAGAAUUCCAAGACUGUCAUCUACAUUCCCAUUUGUGGGGAAGAAAAGGAGAUUUUUGUCUCAACUGAGCUGUGAUAUAAAAAAAGUUUUCUGGGAAGCUGACUUUUAAAUUUAACCUGGAAUUAAAUUAAUAGUCCCUCAUGUGAACUUUCUUUGGCUUGGCCCCAGGCCUGAACUGCAUUGGUCAGGAAGGAGGGGGAAGGCAAUGCUUACUGCUGGAAUGGAGUGUAAGAUCUUGCUCAUUUUACAGUGGUAGCAGUAGCAUAUUCUAUUUGGAAACUUCCAGGAAACCUCAAAUUUUCUCAGAGAACAAACUUUGGAGUUUAAAUGAGGCUGCCUUUCUUCCUGUCAAGCAAGUCCAGAAAAGGCAUAUGGAAUAUCUCUGGCCACCCAGGUUACUCAUUGGGGUGACUAGAUAGGUAAGCGAUUCAUAAAUCAUAGCCAAAAAUCGCACUGUGACAUCAGACAUCUCUCAUCAAGCACACAGCAGGGAGCUCUACAUUUAGGCUAUGUUCUCUAGACCCAAAAAUAUCCUGUGUGAAUUGGUUAGUGAAUCAAACCCUGUAGAAAACAUGCAAGACUUGGUCUCAGCUGUUCAUGGACAUCUCAGUCCUGGGCAAAGAAUUAAUAUUCCUUCCACACUAGAGGUUUAUUUCCAUGUUACCCCUUCACAGACUCUUUCUCUCUUUGUGUCUGCAAUGGAAAUUCAUGUGACCAUGUCAGAUAUUUAAUGUGAACUAAUAAUACUCAAAUAUAGAAACACUAGCCCUUAGAGAAGAUGCGCCCCAGGGCAAUUAAGCGACUCCACUCACCAAUGGCGAGACUCAUCCACUUACAAGCAUAGCCUGUGGCCACUGUGAGUUAUAACAGGUCUAUCAGAAGGAUAAUUCUACCAUCUGCCCUAAAUGUUAUCUGGAAUGGAAGCUGCUGGCAAGUCAGCUGGCUGACCUAAUGAGUAUCUGACUUACUCUACUUUAAAAGUGGAGUACUGACGAGUGUCACGCCUGCCUUUUGUUGUUGAAUCUGUAAGUUAGUUAGUAUAGAAACUCUGUCACAUAUGUUAGACUGUAAUCAUUAAUGGUCUCUUUAAGUGAAAUUCUGGCUCACCAAUGUCAGUUGCUGUAUUUUGUUACGCUAAGUUGAAGGAAUCUAGUGGCCAACAGUUGUAGUUAGAAACAACUCAUCUCAAUGCUGCUUUCAUCACUUGGUACUUGAAAGGAACUUUCCCCCCAUUUAAAACCUAUUGAGAAUAUAUAAAUACUAUGAAAAUCAAUACUAGUGUUUCCAACUAGGAAAAGCAAGUAGACUCUUGACAGUCCUGUCAAACAAGAAGACCUAGAAGCUAGAAGUAGGCACUUUCCCCCAAUCUUGAUUUUCAUAUUUUUUAAAUUAAUAAACAUGUCUUGUCACCCAGUGCUAGCAAAAAUUGUAAAGAACAAAACCAAAGUUUUUGAUGUUAGUUUUAUUUUCAUAAGCAGGGUAUGCUUGUACUGUGACCAUGUCCUAUAUGGAACCAUGGACAGUGAAUUUUCUGCCACUCAAGCCUUGGAGAGGUUGAAAAGUGUGUCUGCUGUAUCACCUUUUAAAAAGGUCUGAGGCAGGCAGGAGAGCACAAAGCAGAAAUCACCUCAUUCCAAUGGCCACCUUGACAAAGGCCAAUGUCAAGUUCAACUCUUGGCCAGUGGAAAAAUUGUCUGAGCCUAUAUAUGUGGAAGGAACUUGGAUAGAAAUGGACUUGUAAACUGUAUGAAGAACUCCAUAUCUGAUAUCUCAAGCACUUUUUAAAAAGUUAGAAUCCAGGUGUUGUUGGGUGACCAACUGGACAUUUGGGUGCAGACUUUUAUUGCACUUAUUCCAGUUGCAAGCUUUGGAGAAGCAGAGGAAUAAUCUUCGGUUAGAUGGGUGUUAAGUCUAUUGGUUUAGGGUGUACUGCUGAAAUCAUUCAGUGUGAAUAAGGUCGGCUCCUCCUAUGUUUAUUAUUAUUCUAACAUAAAUGUCUGGCAUUUCUUACUUGGUAAAAUUUACUAUGUCUGUGAAAAGUGAUGAAUUGGGAAGGCCAUCAAAAUUCAUUUACAAGCUGAAAUGCAAUUUUUAGAAAAUAGGAUAGAAUGGAUUUAACAUGGAAUGACUUGACCUUCUGGGGAACUUUUUAUAGACAGCUUACAUGUUGUACUUGGGGAGGGGGGAAAUUUUGUUUUCUGUUUCCACUCAACAGUAGCCAACUGGUGGUUUUAUAAAAUUAACAUUAUAGCAUGUUGUAUAAAUAAACAUGUUAUAUAAAAUGACAUUGAAGUAUGUUGUAACUGUGAAAAAUUAAAGACUUGGAAUAAUCUGCAACUUUUAUGUGCAAUAAGGAACACUGCAGUAGGCCCCCAAAGUGCUAUUUCUCCCUAGUAUUUGACUUAAUGUUUGCCUUGUGUCUGUGUUUGCAUUGCUGUUGUAGAGCUAGCCACAUGUUUUCCUGCCCUUUGCUGAUAUUUAACAUGUUUUCUUGAAGCUUGGUUUUGGUUUUUGUUCUUUUUUUAUAUAUAAAAUUCAAAAUAAAAAAGAUGGACGCUGA